AUGGUAAAGCUUGCUGUAUCCUUUCUGCUAGACCAACUAAAGCCCUUCUUGCUUGAAGAGGCAAGGCUUUUAGGUGGUGUUCGGGAAGAAUUUGUGGACAUCAAAGAUGAAUUGAAACAAAUGCAGGCCUUUUUGAGAGUUGCCGAUGUAAGAAAAGAGACUGAUCCACAACUCAAAGUUUGGGUGGAGCAAGUUCAAGAUGUUGCUUUUGAUACCGAAGAUGUUCUCGAUGAAUUCAUGCUCCAAUUUGGGCAUGCUCGUGGGGAUGGAUUCCAAGGUUUUCUUCGUAAGAUUGCUUGCUCCAUUAAGAAUCUAAAAGCUCGCCAUCAAAUUGCUUCUGAACUACAAAAAAUCAAGUCUAGAGUCGACAAUAUUUCUAAGGUAAAUUCGGGGAGAUAUCAAAUCACGGAGCAAGGCUCAAGCUCUACCUUCAUUUGCACCACAGGGAAUGAUGGUCGAGGUAAUGCCCUUCUAAUAGAAGAAUCUGAGCUUGUGGGCAUCGAGAAGCCGAAACAACAACUCAUUACUUGGGUUCUUGGUGGUGAUUCUCGACUCAGAGUGGUUUCAGUGGUGGGUAUGGGAGGAUCGGGCAAAACCACGCUCGUAAAAAAAGUGUUUGACGAUAACCAUGUGAAAACACAAUUCCAAAGCCAUGCUUGGAUCACUGUUUCAGAAUCAUUUAACUUAGUGGAGCUCCUAAAGAAAAUGAUCAGCCAACUCCAUGAUGAAAUACGGCAAGACCCGCCUCGAAGAAUGGAAUCCAUGAAUGACAAUGAGCUUAAAGUAGUCAUCAAAGAAUUCCUCCAUGAACGAAGGUAUGUGGUUGUGUUAGACGAUGUAUGGACCAUAGAAGCAUGGGAAGCCAUCAAGUACGUAUUCCCUAACAACAACUGUAAGUCUUGCUUACUACUCACAACUCGUAUGCAUGAUGUAGCUUCUACUUCGUCCUCAGAUUUCCAUGGUGAUCAUAUCCACCACAUGAAAGCCUUGUCUGAUGAAGAGUCCUGGGCUCUGUUUUGUAAGAAGACAUUUAAUGACACCUGUUGCCCUCGACAGUUAGAAGAAUACUCACGAAAAAUAUUAAGAAAAUGUGAGGGAUUGCCACUUGCAAUUGUGGUAAUUGGUGGUGUGUUGGCAUCGAAGGACAAAAGUACAAUAAAAGAGUGGGAGAUGAUCAAUUGUAGCCUCGGCGACGAGCUGGAAAACAAUGACAAAUUUGAGAGAAUAAAGAAAAUAUUAUAUCUCAGUUAUAAUGAUCUCCCUUACUAUCUCAAAAAUUGUUUCUUGUACUUGGGCAUUUUUCCUGAGGAUUACGAGAUUGAUAUAUCAGGACUGAUUCGACAGUGGACUACAUUACGACUCGUGCAAGGGAGAGAAACAAAGACUGUAGAAGAAGUUGCUAUGGGAUAUUUCAAUGAACUUCUCAACAGAAGUUUAAUCCAAUUGCAAUGGACAGAACCAAAGAUGAUAGAAGAACUUGCUGACGAUUAUUUCAAUGAAGUUCUCAGCGGUAGUUUAAUCCAACGACUGGACACAAAAUGGGAGGGAAGCCCUAGAACAUGUCAUAUUCAUGAUCUUUUACGGGAAAUCCUCAUGCCCAAGUUGAGAGAGCAGAACAUUAUAAUUGUAGCCAGUGGACAAGACAUAAGGUGGCCUGACAAAGCCCGUGGAUUAGCAAUACAUAACUUAGAGGAUGUAAAAGAAAACAAGUGUCUUCGGCAACUUCGCUCGCUUGCCAUAUUUGGGAGAAUGGAUUCAGGAAGAAAUACAUCUCUUUUUUCGCGUUUAAUUGAUGGCUGUAAGUAUCUAAAGGUUUUAGAUUUAAGUUAUUCUUGGAUGGGUACAUUCCCAGAUGGAGUUUGUAAACUACUUCAUCUCAGGUAUUUAAGCAUGAGGGCAACAUGGUUGAGAGCCAUUCCAAAAUCUAUUCAAAAGCUUCGGAACCUGGAGACCUUGGAUCUAAGAUAUUGUAAUGUAAAUGAGUUACCGGUCAACAUAGGAGAGCUUCGAAAACUCCGAUACCUUCUUCUGGGAUGGGGCAAAAUUCGUGAAUCUCGUUGUAAAGCCCCUAUGAAUAUAGGAAAUUUGUCAUCUUUGCAAAAGCUUGGUACAAUUGAUGCAGACGAGAGCAAUGGCAACAUUAUAAUGGGAGAAGUGGGGAAGCUUACCCAACUAAAGACUUUAUACAUUACAGGGUUGAGAAGAGAAGACGGCAUGACCCUUUGCUCUUCCCUUGCAAAACUGAGCAAACUUCGUUCAUUGACUGUUCGCUCAGUUUUUAAAGGACAUGAAUUCCUUGAUCUGCUAUCUUUAUCUUCAUGUCCUCCAUUUCUACAAAAGUUGCAACUGAUCGGACAACUAGAGAAUGUACCACGUUGGAUACUUUCUCUUCAAAGCUUGGUUAGAUUACAGUUAGGAGAGAGCAAGUUAAGGGAUGACCAAAUACAAUGCCUACAAGAUUUGCCAAAUCUUCUGCAACUUGAAUUGAAUUUUGCGUGCGUUGGAGAGAGUUUGUUUUUCAAGGUUGGAGGGUUUCAGAGGCUCAAGAUUUUAAAGCUUUAUAAUUUACAAGAAUUGAGAUGGGUGAGAGUCGAGCAAGGCGCCAUGCCCAAUCUUGAAAUGCUAUACCUUCGUUAUUGUCCAUUAGAGAAGGUACCGGUAGGAAUUGAACAUCUAACCAAACUUCAACUCUUAGAUCUAUCAUAUAUGUCUGAUUCAUUCAUUAAGAAGUUGUCUAAUCGAGGCAAAGAAGGUGGGAUUUACAAGAAAAUCGCACACAUUUCUGAGAUACAUAUCAAAAUCAUUAAAAACGGUGCUCGUGAAGAAUUUUAUCUACAAUAAUUGGAAGAGUUGUUUCCAGGUUGACGAAGAGGAGUUUACGCGAUAACUGGAAGGGAGCAAGAAUGAUGGUUUUGUUGGUGCUGGAAUGAGGCUUUUGUUGGUGCUGCUGGAAUGAUGGUUUUGUUGCAAUAAUGCUGGAAUGAUUUUGCUUUUGAAGUGUGGUUUUAGUAAAACAGUUGGGUGUAUGUUAUUAUGAUUGGAAUGGAACUUUAUGCUAUUGUAGUUGUUUGUACUAUCUAGAUUUGGAACAUAUGUGUGUUUAUUUGUAAUAUCUUGUGAUGUUGGGAUAUCAUAUGUGGGUUUA